AUGUGUUCAGAUGCCAAGGACCUUGGAAAGGGCAAGAUGGCUCAAACCCAUAUGAUAAAAGCUGGAUUUGAUCUACCAAUCUCUGCAUUGAAUUGCCUCAUUGAUAUGUAUGCUAAAUGUGGAAAUUUGGAGGAUGCACGCAAAGUGUUUGACAAAAUGCGCAAACGAAAUAUAUUUUGUUGGAACAUAAUGAUUUCAAGUUAUGCCAAAAGAGGUGGUAUGGAUUUUGCACGCAAAUUGUUUGACGAAAUGACAGACAGAGAUUGUAUCUCCUGGAAUGCUAUAAUUUCAGGCUAUGUAACAAAUGAGAAUGCCGAGGAAGCGCUCAAGCUUUUUCAGCGGAUGCAUAAAGAAAGUAGAAUGAUGACGGAGUUUAGUUUCGCUAGCGUUGUUGAUGCCUGUGUUGAUAUUUUGGGGUUAGAACAGGGUAGGCAGGUUCAUGUAUGCAUUAUCAAGUAUGGAUUGAUUUCAAAUAUGAUUUUACAAAAUGCUCUGGUUGAUAUGUAUGCAAAAUGUGGGAAUUUGGAGGAUGCACGCCAAGUGUUUGACGGAAUGCGUGAACAAGAUUUGGUUUCAUGGACGGCUAUGAUUGCAGGAUAUGCACGUCAAGGCCGUGGCAAGGAAGCUUUAUAUAUGAUCGGUGAAAUGAAGCUAGCCGGUCUAAAGCCAAAUGAGGCAACAUAUGCGAGUUUCUUCGGUGCUUGUGCGGAAUGUGGCAGAAUUGAGUAUGCACGCAAUAUGUUUGACACAUUGCCCGAAAGGAAUGUAGUUUUAUGGAACGCAAUGAUUACUGGAUACAGGCAGAAUAAGCAUGGGUUGGAGGUGUUGCGAUUAUUUUACCAAAUGCAAAGGGCAGGCAUUAAGGCAGACCAUGUUAGCUUUCUUUGUGUUCUUGGUGCUUGUGCAGACCUACUAGAUGUGAGUUAUGGCGAGCAGAUUCAUUCCAACAUUAUUAAAAGUGGAUUUGGAUCAAAUGUCUUUGUUUGCUGUGCACUUAUGGAUAUGUAUAUGAAAUGUGGUAGAAUAUGUGACGCGCAACAACUGUUUCAAAAAUUGCACGCUCAAAAUCUUGUCUCUUACACCACAAUGAUUGCAGGGUAUGCUCACAAUGGCUUUGCCGAGAAUUCCCUUAUAUUGUUCUCUCAAAUGCAAUUGAAUAGCAUCAAACCAGAUGCUACUACUUUCACUGGCCUUGUCAAUGCUUGUGCCAGUCUUGCAUCUCUGGAAAAUGGGGAACAAGUGCAUGCCCACAUUCUGAAAGCUGGAUUCGAGAAAAGUGUCUUUGUAAGGAGUUCAAUUGUCGAUAUGUAUUCUAAAUGUGGAAACAUACAGGGUGCAUGGCAAGUAUUUGAGGAAAUGCCCGAGAACAAUGUGGUUUUAUGGAAUGCUAUGAUUGCAAGCCAUGCCCACCAUGGCUAUGGCCUGAGGGCUCUGCAACUCUUUGAAAAAAUGCAACAUAAAUCUGUUAAGCCAGAUAGCACCACUUUUAUCGCUGUGUUGUCUGCGUGUAGUCAUGCUGGCUUAGUUGAUGAAGGUCGUUUCUACUUCGAGUCUAUGAGUCAAGGUCACUGUAUAGAACCGAGAAUAGAUCAUUAUAUGCACAUGGUUGAUCUUCUCGGCCGUCAUGGACUUUUUUAUGAAGUAGAGGACCUUAUCAACAGAAUGCCAUUUAAACCUGAUGCUGCCGUGUGGGGGGCUCUUGUGGGCGCGUGCAAAAUUCAUGGAAAUUUAGAGCUAGGAGCACGUGCCGCAUUGCACCUUAUUGAAUUGGAGCCAAAUACUGCUGUACCAUAUGUUUUACUUUCAAGCAUUUAUGCUGCAGGUGGCAGGUGGGAAGAUGUUGAAAAAGUGAGAAAACUUCUGAAAGACAGGGGAAUUAAGAAGCAGCCAGGGUGUAGUUGGAUUGUGAUAAAGACCAAGGUUAAUGUAUUUGUGACAUGA